GGACUAAGGGGGGCAAGGGAACCCUGACAGGCGGCCCUCACAGGGUCCUGUGGCAUUUGCGCUCGGCCACACACACUCUGCCUUGCGCACAUACAUAUUUGCACACACCUUAGUCCCAAGCUAGUCUCCUUCCACUGACUGGCAUAGGUCCCAGAGCAGACUUUUAGGACGGGAGGAAAGUUUGAGGCGUUAUUUCAAACCUAGGGAGUAGGACGUAGUGCUGGUAGAUAGUGCAGGUGUACGGCGACAAAGAGGUUUAUUAGAAGGGAGCUGGGAAAAGUUUACUUGCAAGUUGGAGUUGUUCCACUUUGACUGUUGGGUGUCUGCUGUCAUUCGAUUCUUUAUAUAGUGCUUUAUUUUUAUCCUGGGACAGCGUUCUUGCACACCGGACCACGUUUGUGUGCUCUUCAGAUCUCCAUCUGCAAGUAAACGUGUGCAUAUUCAUCGUUGUUUUCUUGAAACCGGGCCAUGGCCGACACAGACUUCAAACUGGAGCGCGCAGUCUACGCCGAAGUCUCUGAUGACGACGAAGAGGCCGCCUUAGUUGCGCCUGCUUCCAAACCUUCCAAAUCUGCCAAGGUGUUAACCUCAAAACGUGGCGAUGAUGAUGAUGACGACGAUAGCUCGGCCAAGGAGGUGAACCUGGUUUUGGGACCGGGGCUUGAUGGAGGUGGCAGUGAUGAUGUUGAGAAGUCAGAGGCCCAGGCUACAGGAAUGAUGGUUCUGGCACUCCUAGAUAAAAUCAUAGGUGUGGUGGAUCAAAUCCAGCAGACCCAGACAGAUCUAGAGGCCAGACAGGAGAUCAUGGAGAAGAAAAUGAGCAGCAUCCAGACAGACCUGACCAAGCUGGGGAAGAGCCAUGUUGGAACGGCCGGAACGGUCAACAAGCUGCUGGACAAGGUGCGCAAGGUAAACGUCAACGUGAAGAGCGUGCGCACGGACCUGGAGAAGCAGGUAGGACAAAUCAAAAAGCUGGAGAACAACGAACACGAGCUCCUGAAGAGGAAGAACUUUAAAGUGCUCAUCUUCCAG